AUGCUGGAUCAGGAGCACAGCCAUAUGGGGCAUGGGCCUCUUCAAUCUUCGGCACCAACACCUCCACCUGUUGAUAUCUCACAGGAUGUGCCGAUGCAUCUGCCGACGGAAGAGACUCAGGCACGGGCCCCGGGCCCAACCAGGUCCACAACCAUGGACGUCAAUGCCCGAUCCGAACAGGUGGACGUGCCUGAGACCCCGAGCGACCUGCUGGAUCAGGGCCCAUGCGAAGUCGAGCGAGAUCCGGAGGGCGGCCUGUGGUUCUUCCUGAUCGAUGCCGUUGAAGACGACCGAGCCAGCCCGCCCCGAGUCUAUCUUUUCGGCAAGGUGAAGGUCCGCUCGGGCUCGGCAGAGGCGUAUCGCAGCUGCUGCCUCGUGGUUGAGAAGCUGGAGCGUUGCUUUCAUUUGCUGCUCAAAGUCGAAGAUCCUUCGGACUACGAGUCGGCGAAGAUAGCUGCUAAUGCAGCUGCCGUUGAGCUUGAAACUCUGAGAAAGGAGAAGUUUCAAAAUCUGAAGGUGAUCCGCAGCAAACUAAAAUAUCGGAACUAUGCCUUUGAGAAGCCUCUUGGGCAGGCUUUGGGAAACCUGCCUUUUCUGAAAGUUGUUUGCGAGGCGGCAGGCUCUGUGCCGCCAGUUGGCCUGGCAGGUGAUAACUUCACACACAGCUUUGGCAUCCAGGCCAGUCUCCUUGAACGGCUUCUGCUGACCAGACGUCUGAUGGGUCCGUCGUGGUACCGACUUCAUCCGGAUUCAUUCAAGGAGGAGCCUGCAAGGCUUUCGCACUGUGCCACAGAGUUUCGCAUCACUCCGGCUUCAAUACAGGUGCCCAAGACGGAGACAGAGAAAACACAAUGGAACUCACGCAUGCCAGCAUCAAGCCCUCCCUUGCGAGUCCUGAGCGUGAGCCUGCAGACGUUCCAGCAAACGGCCCAACUGUCGCAUGAAGUCCUUGCAAUCGGUUGCAGCUUGCAUCCAACCGUAAGUGCUGAUGCCUCUGCAAGUGAGUCCGACCUUGAGAAUUCGCGACGAACCUGGGCAGCGAUUCGGCGUUUGGAUGCCAAUCCAUUUCCGCGCGAUGCCGACAAGGCACUCGCCGCUGGUGGCUUCCACAGCUAUAACAAUGAGCUUGCGUUGCUCAAUGCCUUCUUGUUGAAGGUGCAGGAGUUUGAUCCGGAUGUGAUUGCAGGCCACAACGUCUUCUCCGUCGAUCUGGAUGUCUUGAGCUCGCGGCUACAUCAGCUCAAGGUGCAGAAUUGGCACAGACUUGGGCGCUUGCGUCGUUCGAAGGACCGCGUGCCGCGAAAUGAGGGUCGGCAAGCUCAAGGAUUUUGGGCAGGCACGAGUUUGGCGGCUGGCAGAUUGGUGUGCGACACCGCUUUGCAAGCGAAGGAUUUGCUUCCGAAGCUCGGAUGCUAUGACCUCGCCAACCUGGCGAAAGAGCAGUUGGGAUCUACAGAUGUGAAGAUUGUCGAGCCUGAAGCUAUUGCGGAGUAUUACGAUUCUGCGAGGAGUCUGCUGAACCUGCUCCAACUCAAGACAGUCGAUGCCUACUGCAUAGCUCGGAUCGCACAUUCCUUGCAGAUCCUGCCGUUGACCCGGCAGCUGACAUGCUUGGCCGGUAAUUUGUGGAAUGGUUCGCUUCAGAACAAGCGAGCCGAGCGCAACGAGCUCUUGUUGUGUCAUGAGUUCCACAGCAAGAAGUUCGUUUUGCCAGACAAAGAAAGCCUGUCGCAGAAGAAGCGGCGUCUCCAAAUCGAAGGUGGACAAGGCAUCUCGGCAGGCUUCGAUGAACCCGACGAACCUGAAGCACAGGCAACUGGCUCCCGAAAGGGCAAGGUGGCCUACAGUGGAGGCCUCGUGCUGGAGCCGCAGGCCGGCUUGUACGACGAUCUUGUCAUGCUUCUGGACUUCAACAGCUUGUACCCUUCCAUCAUCCAGGAGUACAACAUCUGCUUUACCACAGUGGACCGACCUGACGAGAACGAGGUUGCGAAGAUGACCAGCGAGGCACAGCUACUGUCACAGACGCGUGAACCAGAUGGAGCGGAAGAAGGCAUUUUGCCGCAGGUGCUGCGACGUCUUGUCGACAGUCGUCGCGUCGUGAAAGCAUCGAUGAAGUCGGAGAAGAAUCCAAAGAUUCUACAGAUGCUAGAGAUCCGUCAGAAGGCGCUCAAGCUAACAGCAAACUCCAUGUAUGGCUGCUUGGGUUUUCAGAACAGUCGAUUCCAUGCAAAGCCCCUGGCAGCGCUCAUUACGGCAAAAGGCCGAGAAGCCUUGCAGAGCACGAAGACGGUCGUGCAGCAGGAAUUGCAACUGGAGGUGGUGUAUGGUGACACAGACUCCGUCUUCGUCAACUCGAAGACAGCUGACUUCCAGAAGGCGAUGCACAUUGCCGAGCAAAUCAAGCGUGCGGUCAAUAAAAGGUAUCGCCGGCUUGAAAUCGAGAUCGAUGCAGUCUUCGUGCGUCUCAUGCUUCUCAAGAAGAAGAAAUAUGCGGCUCUCAAGGUUGUGAACUGGGAAAAGAAGCUCUUCGAGCAAGAGCUCAAAGGCCUGGACAUCGUGCGAAGGGAUUGGUGCGGUCUGGCCAAGGAGAUGGGAGAAGCGAUCCUCACAAAGAUUCUCGAUCCCAAUAUGAACAAAGAAGAGUCCAUCGAGUGGGUGCACCAGUUCCUGAGUGAGCAAGCGAAGAAGAUGGAUGACGGCCAGGUGCCACUGGACAAGUUCGUGAUCACGAAGGGUCUCACCAAGGAUCCGAAGGACUAUCCAGACGCCAAGAAGCAGCCGCAUGUCCAGGUGGCGCUGCGACUGCUCUCCCGCGGCAAGCAAGUUCGACCCGGGCAGGAGAUCGGCUACGUGGUUUGUGACACCACAGGUGAAGGUGAGGGCAAGUCUUUGCUCGCCGAGCGUGCUCGAGACCCUCACGAAAUGGAGCUGGAUCCGACUUUAUGCUUGGACAUGGCGUGGUACAAGAAGCACCAGGUGCAUCCCAUAAUUGCCCGGAUUUUGGGAGUCGUGGAGGGCACAAGCCGUGGCAGAAUCGCCGAGUGUCUAGGUAUGGAUGCUGCCAUCUUUGCCCAGGUAGUGCAGCACGAGGAGGGUGAGGGCUUGGAUUUCCUCUCACAGUACAUGGACGCGGAUCCAAAUGCACUCUUCGAUCGUUCGCUUCGCUACAAAAACUUUAGUUCCAUCCUCGACGGAGUGAAGUGCAAGAAGUGCGGUGGCACAACACCUUGGCAGCGGCUACUUACUCCAUCUACGGGUGAAGAGCCGAAGCAGGCUCCUCCCUUUACUUGCAAAGAUUGCCAGGCUCAGAUUCAGCCUGGCGUGGCUCGCAAUCAGUGGCAUAGGCAGCUCAGGCAGUUGGUGAAGCAGCACUGUGAAGGAUGGGUGCAACCUGCUGACCAAGUCGCCGGCACAGAGAAGACGCGCCGAGCAAACAAAGGCGAUAACUUGGUCAGUGAGCAAACAGUCAAGAAAGAGCUGCAGUUUGCAGCCCAUCUUUGUGAAUCGGCUGCUCUCCUGACAGCAGAGGAGGAUGCAGCUCUCCAAACUGCGCUUGCGAGGAUGAAGAAGGAUGCGGACGCGUGGAUGAAAAUUGGCUGUCAGCACUUCAUUGACUGCGGACAAAUGUUUGGUGCAAUCUUCGGAACACCGCUGCUUGGCACACUCCAUCAGUAG